ACGUUUACGGGAGCGUUUCGUUGCCGUCGCAUCAUAUCUACAGUUAGUUCUAGCCUAGCUGUUGGCGCGCCUGGACAACGCAAAGUGCGUUUGGAGUGUUGCCCAUAAAAAAGUAGCCAAAGUUUUUAACAACAACUCCUUUCAAUCUAACGGUGUGUGUUUCCGUGUGUCGCAAUUGGAGAAAUUGAAAUACAUAUCAAACGACACGAAAGCUCGUCCAAAUCGAACCGUUAACAAAAAAAAAGAAACAAAGUAAAAACAACAACUUCAUCCGCAUCAGCAUCCGCAUCUGCAACGCCAACUCCCCUUUGUCAGCCGGCAAAUGAUCCGCCGAAAUAAAAUUGAAAGUUGCCUCCGGGUUGGAGCCUAAUGAGCAUGGAACAGGCGGGAGGCGUCCAAAGUGUCGCCGCUGCCGUGCGAUACGUUCGUGUUUCGCCCAACAAACUGGGAGCCAUCCAAUGCUGGAGGUGUUCGUUGAGCCAAAAGAUAAAUAAAUAUAACACUGCGUAGCCGGCACUUGAUUCUGCCGCCGACAGCGUAAAACAAUCAGAAUAAGCGUGAAAAAAAGUGUCAAAAACUACAGAGAAUAAUGCUGGCAAAGCGAAUCAAGAAUAAAGCAAGAAUACUAAAAUCAGCAAAAGAAAAAUUUAAUAUUGAAAAGUUGCAAGCAAAACCAAACGAAUGAAAUCAAAAUACCAAAGAAGAUUUACAAAACCAACACGCAAAAAAAAACCAAAACCAAAACCAAAACAACACAAAAACCUAAACACAACAACAACAAGAACAACUGUAGGUAAAUCAACAAAUGCUUCUGCCACAGGCCAAAGAAUCGAAAGUGAAUGAAAAUCUCAGCAACAAAAUGGCGCUGGGAAAAUCCAUUAAAAUGUACCUGACCAUAUUCGUAGCCACGACCUGCAUCUAUAUGGUGCUCUACCAGUAUCACAUGUCCCGACAGCCCCUCGCCACCAACGAGCUCGUCAAGCCGCCAUUGUACAUCAUCACGCCCACUUAUCGACGCCCUGAACAGUUGGCGGAGCUAACACGACUCGGUUACACCCUGAAGCAUGUGCUCAACCUGCUCUGGCUGGUUAUCGAGGAUGCCAACAAGACCAACCCGCUGGUCGCUCACACCCUGGAUCGCAUUGGUGUGCCCUAUGAGUACCUGGUCGCCCCUAUGCCCGAGCAGUACAAGCUGACGAAGCGUGCCAAGCCCCGCGGUGUCUCUAAUCGGAAUCGAGGACUUGAUUAUCUGCGCGCCAAUGCCACCGAGGGGGUUCUAUAUUUUGCCGACGAUGAUAACACCUACGAUGUUAACAUAUUUGAACAGAUGCGUUAUACCAAAAAGGUGUCCAUGUGGCCAGUGGGUCUAGUGACCAAAACUGGUGUCAGCAGUCCCAUUAUACGUGAGGGCAAACUGGAUGGCUAUUACGAUGGCUGGAUAGGGGGACGCAAAUAUCCCGUCGAUAUGGCUGGCUUUGCGGUGAGCGUCAAAUUUUUGCACGAGCGUCCGCAUGCGAAGAUGCCCUUCAAGCCGGGCUACGAGGAGGAUGGGUUCUUGCGCAGCCUGGCGCCGCUGCAGAACAAUGAGAUUGAGCUGCUGGCCGACGAGUGCAGAGAGAUACUCACCUGGCACACACAGACGAAAAAGAAUCCGGCUGCUCUGCCGUUCAACCAGACACGCUAUGGAAAUACGAAUUUGGCGUUUAUAGAGAAGCUGCUGGUGCGCCCGUAGAACGGGGGACGCCACCUUGUCCAAGUGUAGUUAGGCUUAGUUAAGUAUAUGCGAAUACGAUUGCUAUACGAUUGUGUAUGCAGCGAGUGAGCUCACAAAGUGUCCACGGCUUUGACCAGUUGUACAGGUACAAACUUGUGUUUAAGUCGUCUCUUUAUAACGACUAUCAUUAGUUUGCACAGACUAAAUUAUGUAAAUUAUUUAUGUAAUAACACAUACAGAUAGACGCAUACAUAUACAUAUAAAAAUUUAACUUAGUUAGGCUCUAAGCGCACAAGUUUAUACGGUAUUUGAAAUCAUGGCCAAGGCUUGAUUUGAACCCACAUAGCCUAGACUCCGCUGCACAGACAGUAUAUACCUUUUAGUAUUGUAUAUUAUAGUAUCCUCUAUCUAUUUUGUAUAUAUUCGCAAUACACGUUCAUGGCUGAAGCCAUGAAUCAAUUUAAGAUGGUAAAUUUUUUGAUAAGCGAAAAGUAUUUAAGUGCAUUACUUUAUGAAAGACAGCAGCCUACAUUUAAGGUUUAGUUAAUAAGUUCAACUGUUUUUUGCACUCCCAAUCAUGAUAGUUCGUUAAGGCACGUCCAAGCAGUAUACACUUAUGGUUUCUGUUCCUAAAAUACAUUGUAAUUUUAUUUCAUUGUCUGUGCCUUGCGUUCCAAUUUUGAAAUUUAACAAAAAUGAUUUGCAAUUUUUUUACUCAAAAUUGCCGGCUUAUGAAAGUUUCAUCCGUUGAUAAGAUUUGUUUAUUUAUAUCCCUUUAAAAUAACUUAAAUUUUGUUUUAACUUCGCGUAUUGUCAGUAAUUUAAAUAAUCGUGGCAGCAGGUCAAGGCCCACUAAGCAUAUUGGGCACAAGCUGUGUGGCUAAAAUUGAGCUACUAUAUAUUAUUUAUGCACAGAGCUACGAAGAAUCCAUUCGUAAAGCAAACAAACAGCAGCUAAAAUGUGGGCCGUAACCAUUUCAAUAAUGCAUGCUGACAUACGUUGCUCCAGACCCCAAACUGACAGCUAGACAGACGGGCAUACACAGUUACAGUGCCAGAUAAAGAAGUGCCGAUGAUUUGGUCACAUGAGCUGAGACCGCGGGACUCAAAUCGCGUGUCAACUGAUACCGUGGGUAAUGACAAUUGAACGGCAAAAGCUGCAAAUAGUUUGGGAACAGCAGAUAAUCGACUUGCUGAUGGAAUUCAAUUACAAAAAGUGGCAACAAAUAUUUGCAGUUAAUAAACAUAAAUAAAAGUAAAUUAUAAUUACCAACAAAUACUUAAUUGAAUAUUCCUAUCUGUUACGACACCUACAUUUUUAUACAUUGUAACUUUAUGGGAAAUAAGCUUCUUUGAAUGCGAGUUCCAAAUUAAAGAUAUUUUUGUAGAUUCUACCCAAAAAGUAUGCGACUAAAUAUAAAUAGAAAUUUCAAAU